GAAACUCUUGGUCUAACCACGUGACAUCUGACAUUCGAGCAACAUGGCGGCCGGCAGAGUGACCGUGGAUGGAGACAUGAUGAGAUAUGCAGAGUACAGUCCUAAAACCAGCGCGAGGAGCGACGCUGAGAUAGACAGGCGGCUGGGAGGGACUCUGAUUGCAGUCGGUCUGGGUGUAGCUGCUGCAGGUUUCGCAGGUCGCUAUGCAUUCCAGCUGUGGAAGCCCCUAGGACAAGUCUUCACUGAGACCGUCAAGAAGAUGCCAUCAUCAUCUUUCUCUGCUUAUUAUAAAGGAGGAUUUGAGCAGAAGAUGUCCAAACGAGAGGCCAGCCUUGUUCUUGGCAUCAGCCCAACCACCACUAAGCCCAAGUUACGUGAGGCCCAUCGGAGGAUUAUGAUCCUGAACCACCCAGAUAAAGGUGGCUCACCGUACCUAGCGGCGAAGAUCAAUGAGGCCAAAGACAUUUUGGACAAGGAGUUCCGCCGAUGACCUGCUCUGUUACAAACACUUUAAAGACUUCCAUCAUCUAGUGCAUGAUCUCAGCUGUGUGGUACCGCUCCAACAACAUCAACCCUGAGGCAUCCACUCAGGCUUCUGGAGGAGAGGUGGCAAGAAUACAUCAUUAUGAGUUAUUUAUUCACGUGGUCAUCAAACUUUGACUUAAUGUGUGAACAUUGUGAACAUGUUGUUAACCUAAAGUGCAGAGCAUUGCAUAUAAAUGACUGAUUAUUAACCUCUGGAUCUUGAGAGUGAAGUCAGAGUGAGAGUGCCUUACACCUGUGUUCUUUCUAAUGUCCACCAGGGGGCACCACUUUAAGGUCAAAUUAAGGUCAGAUUGUAAAGAACUUUGUGAGAAAGUGACUGUAUGUUUCAAUUGAUACAUCAUGUCAUGAAUGUUUCCGUAGCAAUACAUAUACAUCUGGUCUCUUGUCCAUAUAUGGUCGCUUCUGGUUGAAGAAAAUAAAGAUGCCAACAGUGAAGGGGACGAACUCAAGGCACCAAAACAGUCCACUAACCAACGGCUGAAGUCAUGUUUGCUAGAUCCACUUCUUUCUGACAUUCUGUGUGUAUACAAUUUAACUAUGUGGGUAUAUAAGGUAUUGGGGAACAAUGUUAUCUAUUUAGAGUACUAAAUUAAGCAUUCAAUGUUGAAGCUGUGGAACAUUUUUUAAUAAAGAGGAUUCAAAAACA